UGGUGGUGGGGGUGGGAACAGGAUACAGAGUUGGGGAAAGGGUAGAGGAUGAUGGCAUCAUGGAGCUCGUCACCACCCACGGCAUCGGCCCGGGGCCUGCGCCGCUCACCAGUCGCGGGCGGCGGCGGCUAACGGAAGGUGGGCGCGGAAGCAUCUCGGAACACCCGGGCUCCGGCUAGUAGUAGUACAUAUCGGAUCGAAGCAGCGGGCGAAGAGCCAGCCAGCGAGCGAGGGCGCGCGGGGUAGGGUUCACGUUCGGAUUGAUUGAGCCGCCCGCGCCGUCUGUCUAUUUCGGGGCUCUGGCGCCGCCGGCCAUGGGCGGCCUCCGCCUCUCCGCCUGGGCCGCCGCGCCCUCCCCCUCCCCCUCCUCCGCCGCCGCGCGGGGCUUCCCGCGGUCCCCGCCGGACUGGCGCGGGCUGGAGCGCGGGAGUGGGCGCGGGCGCCGCAGCCGCUGCGCCCCGUCGUCCCCGCCCUCGGCGUCGCCGGCGCUGUCCCUGGGCGCGGCCGGCCGGCUCCGGGUCGGGGCGGACCGCGAGUGGCUGUGGGACUGCCGUGGCGGCGGCCUCGGGGGAGGAGGGGGGAAGAAGGACUACGCCAAGGAGAUGGAGGCGGCGGUGCGCGUCGUCCAGGUGGCCUGCACGCUGUGCCAGCGGGUGCAGGACUCGCUGCUCCUUGCGGACCCAGGCUCCGGCUCUGCCGGCGUCCACUCCAAGCUCGACCGCUCUCCGGUCACCGUCGCCGAUUGGGGCGUGCAAGCGACAGUCAGCUGGCUACUCUCAGAUUGCUUUGGUGAUGAAAGUGUGUCGAUCGUAGCAGAGGAAGAUGAUAAGACACUGUCUAGUAGCGACGGCACGGCUUUGCUUGAGUCUGUUGUCUCUGCAGUCAAUGGUUGCCUGGUUGAAGCUCCAAAGUAUGGGCUGAGAUCCCCGGAGAAAGACCUCGGGGCUCACGAUGUUCUUCAAGCUAUACGGAAGUGCAGCUCUACCGGGGGUCCAAAAGGAAGAUUUUGGGUGCUUGAUCCUGUGGAUGGCACACUUGGUUUUGUGCGUGGGGACCAAUACGCCAUUGCCCUCGCCUUAAUUGAAGACGGGGAAGUUGUGCUUGGUGUUCUCGGGUGCCCAAAUUAUCCAAUGAAGAAGGAAUGGCUCAACUACCACCAACGAUACUACAGGUUGAUGUCUAAGGUUGCUCCCCCUACAUCAGGAUCGUGGAACAAGGGUUGCGUGAUGUAUGCUCACAAAGGAUGUGGCCAGGCUUGGAUGCAGCCAUUGGUUCAUGACUUCGGUAUGCUUAGUUGGCAUAACUCAAGGGAGGUUCAAGUAUCAUCCGUCAGUGAUCCAGUUUCAGCAACAUUCUGUGAACCUGUUGAGAAAGCCAACUCGAGCCAUUCCUUCACUGCAGGACUUGCCCAUAGUGUAGGCUUAAGAAACCAGCCUCUGCGUGUGUACAGCAUGGUGAAAUAUGCUGCAAUAGCACGAGGUGAUGCUGAAAUCUUCAUGAAAUUUGCUAGAGCUGGAUACAAGGAGAAGAUAUGGGAUCACGCCGCAGGGGUGGUCAUCAUUCAAGAGGCUGGUGGAGUGGUAACAGAUGCCGGAGGUUGCCCGUUGGACUUUUCCAGGGGUGUUUACUUGGAGGGUUUGGACAGAGGCAUAAUAGCUUGUUCCGGAGCGUUGCUUCAUCAGAGAAUUUUGCAAGCUGUUGAUGCAAGUUGGAACUCAUCAACGUUGUAAUGCAAGCAACCCAAACCCUUACAGUCAGAUAGAUGGCCUGAUGCUGGUCAUAGCAUGCAAGAGUAACUCGACUCAUUUUGGUAUGAAGAAUUAGUCUCCAGUGUUCAAUUAACGUUGAAAUAGUGGAGCGUGUAGUAACCAUAGCUUGUCUGCUCAUAAACAAUCUGCGGCAUGAGAUCGACGAAUACCAUCAUUUGUUCGCCAAGAGCAUCUGUAAAGAUGUCUAGUGGCUGUUUUGAUGGUUUGUAUCAUCCAUUUCUCCCUCGGGCAUAACUCAUACGCUCCUUGGGUUGAUGGCACGUCGACUAAAUCAUCAGUCAUGAGCAAUUUGCUGAACCUGAUAACUCGAAUCUCUGAACCUUCGAUAAAAUGAUCCCAUGAUGCAUUGUCUGCAAGUUUUCGCCUCUAUAUUAUGCCGUCAGUUAUUCUCA